UCAGUUAGAUUUUCUUCUAUACUCGAUUCCGACGGCGCGCAUGAGCCAUGCGUGGACAUUUUGUUCACCACUAGUCCCACCGUCUGAAUGUGCGUUCUGAAUUCAGCUCAUAAUCCUUCCUUUAUCUGUAUCAUUCCUUGCAUUGCCCGACCUGAAAUUUAAGGGCGCACGUUCUCAUGAUUUCUCCGUUUGAUGCCACGGAAUUUGGGGCAUUUCCCAGAGACGAAAAAGUUCCCAUCAGCCUACCAGAUUUGCCGAACCAGACAACCAAGUCAGUGUCCUCUACUAUUUGGCAUCUGACAUCCAGAUCCAACACUUUUGUCCAUGUCACCGUACGAGUACCAGAGUCACCGGUACUAAUUUACAAUUGGCCGAGGCCACAAGCAGUGCAAUGCCAUCAUCUUCGAAGGAGUGCAACAUGCCGCUAGCCUUCUCCACACGAUCAAGGCUGAGGCCCGGUCGUGGGUCAUGGCUGGCACAACAGGGGUUGCGGCCAUCUUUCCGGUGUCACCUAACUCGUAGGGUGUUGAGUUGUAAAUCUAUAGGUGUGCCCUCUCGGGCUUGUACAUAACAUUCUAUCUUUCUAUCAACGCAUCGACACCUAAAGCUUUUGUGUUUUCUUGAAAAGCAAGUAGACAGGGUGAUACAAGAGCUACCGCACAAAGUGUUAAUCCAGCUCAUUGUUCCCAACAGAAUAGUUUGUUCUGCUCCAAGUUUUUCUUACAAUGUUUAAUUCAAGUGCAGAUCUUCACAACGGGAAAAUGUACAAACUGAAAGAUGUGCGACUCCAGUGAAACCUUUGAAAAUGGAGUGGAGGUUUACAUGAAAACACAUUUUUGCACAAACAUUUGAUUUGAACGAUUUAGUUGUAAGUGAGUAAAUAGGCUCAAUAGUUACCACUAACACUAAUUUUGUUGCAAUGAAAAAAGUAUAUUGUUACUGUAACCGAUACACGACAAAGUUCAUCUCAAAUGGGUUGACACAGUCCUGACGUAUAAACAUCUUACCACUCUUAAAAUAAUGUAUUACCUGAUAUUCUACAAGGGUGGUUUAGCAGCAUUGGUGUAUAAAUAGACCAACCGUCAUUACUUUAACUAGAUGAAUACCCCGCGUGUUGCGGCGGAAAUUUCAGACACAAUUUUGCAGAUAUGGGUCUUGAUGAAAACUCAAUAAAUUCAGAAGUAUCACUUCUACUACAUAGUGGAUUUGAUCAUAUCAGAUGAUUUCUCCCUUAGACUAUUAAGUAGUACAGGAAUACAAUAAGGUAUGCUAUAGAAAUGGUCGAGUACACAAAGUCGUCAUGUAAAAACAUAAAUUCAGAAUGAAGUGAUCUGAUUAUAAUCAAAGAAAUUAACCGAGUGAAAGAUAAGUGCAAACCUGGCAACAGAAUAGGAAACAGAAAUUGCAGUCGGCGGACAAACGCAAUGGAACCCCAACCUAAUGCCAUUAUAUAUAUUUGAGAGAUGAAUCCUAGAUAUGGUUAUAAACUUGUGUUUCUUAUGAUUGGCUGUGGAGAAAAAUACAGAAAAUACUACAUGUUUGUAUGUGCUUUAAAUGACAGGAAAUAUUUAGAACCCAAUGAACCCAAUAUUCUUGUCCUCUCAUGUAUAUGUUACAUGAUAUUAACAUUCAAGUGAAAGAGUAAGGAAAUAGCUUUUAAUUUACAGGAGGCGGAAAAUAAAAAUGGUAUCAGGCGCACGAGAACACAUACCCCCUCCGUCUAAAAAUCAUUGACUUAACUUUGUCUAGAUGCUGAUGUAUCUAGAUGCAUUUUAGUUAUAGACACCUUCAUAUUAAAAAAAGUUGGGUCACUUGUUUUAGGGGACAUUUACCGCGGGCUCUCCUCAAUGGAGGAGUGGGCACUGUACUAGUGUACUACUGCAGAUAGAACAUAUACAAAAGAAAUAAAUAGUGGAGAAUGAAUUAUCAAGAAAUAUAAACACAUCCAUUUUGAAAAAAAUAUAUAAACACAUAGUCUGAAGCAGAUGUAAGGGGCAGAACCUGGUUUGUUUUUCUGUUAGUGCUACAGUGGACCAGAUGGUACGAGUGGCACAGGUUUUGAAUGGAUCCAACAUGCAAGGAGAAGGAGCGGAGGACGAACACAGUGGCUCAAAUCUACCUAGUACCACCCAAACGGGAACCAAUUCACACCGCUUGGAGUUUGCACACACCACUGCUGCAUUCGUACAUGCCACUGCCAUCGAAGGAAUUUGUGGCCAUGCGGCUAAAGCAGGGCUUCUCCUGGAGCUAGACGGCCAGGUCGGUGGAUGAGAAGGCAGUGAAAGGUUAUAAUUGUGAAAGAUCUGUAGUAAGAAGGGGAAAUGAUGGGUGGCUGCUCAUCCUUUACUGGCGACGUUAUUCGAUGCACCGUUACAGGUAAAGAGUGGAAUUCGGUGGCAGCAUGCGGAUUGUUGAUGGUUGCAUGUCACAAAAUUAGAGUUAGUGGGGAUCACCUAUCAUGUGAUCGGAUGUUCAGGAAGCAAGAACACAUUAGAAUCGGAUGGCUGUGAUUAUUUGAUGACGUGGCUAGGCUGCAUGUUAAGAUAGACAACUUAAAUGACCUCUUAGUGGGGUUUUGCUUUAUAAGAGAUAUAGAUCUGCGAUAAACAAAGAAAAACAAGCUCAACACAAAUGGCGCUCAUCCAAGAUGAACAUAGCUCUCAAGAGUUGCUCCAGGCUGAAGCUGGUCUUCAGGAAUUUUCAAGUCCAUGGUUCUCAAAUGUGCAAUGAAUUUGGUUUUGCGUGCGUGAGUGGACAUUGGUAUUCGGUCCCUAGUCCUACUCUCUGAAUAUUUUUUCUGAAUUUCUUGUUCAUCCUUAGUCCUACUCUCUAAAUAUUUGUUCUGAUUUUUUUUGUUCAUAUUUGUGUACCGUAUAUUAGGCGAAAUCGUUUGUUUUCUACUUUAUUCCUUGGACCGCUUUCCACAUUCGACAUGACAGGUUUGGUGUGUGCAUUCCUUUUCUUGAUUUCUCUAUCUGACACUCAAGAAUUUUGGGCAUUUCCCAAAGACGAAAUUUUUUCCCAUUAGUGUACACUAGGUUGCCAAAUCAGAAAGCCAAGUUGUUGUCCUUUAUUUGGCAUGUAGGAGAUUUUCUGAACCAGCACCCAAAUCCAACACUUCUGUCCAUGUGUGAGUAGCACAUUACCGGCACUAAUUUAGAAUUGCCUAUACAGCCGCUCAGUAAGCCACAACUACUAUACAAACUGUUCCAUAUAAAUCCAAUUCAUUGGUCCCCAGCCAAUAAUUUGUGGUGCCAAGUAAUUAGAAAUUUUUACAACUAUAGAGAUAUUUACAAAGGGGAAACUGUACAACCAUUCAUUAUGUGUGGCAGAAACAUAUCUCCCGCUGAAUUUGAGAGUAGGACCUGUAUGUAAAUUUGAAAGUAGUGCGGCUCCAAUAAAAUUUUGAAAAAAGAGUGUAGAUAAACAUAAAAAUAUCAUUCUUGCGCAAAUGUUUGAUUUGACUCACUGACCCAAUUUUCUGCCAAUAAAAUGUACAUGGUUACUGUAAUUAAUGCAUUCUAUAGUUCAGUUAAAAAAAAAUGCAUAGCCAAGUUUAUGUUAAAUGCCUUGACACAAUUGUGCCACAUAAAUGUCUCACCAUCCUUGAAUAACUAAUUACCAAUGGUCCUACCUUUUGCCUUUAAGACUACUGUUUGCAUAUAAAUAGACCAGCCAACAUGAUUCCAAUCCGCACACAACCGAAGAAAAACAAGCUCAACAAUAAUGGCGCCUACCCAAGAUGAACCUAGCUCUCAGGAAUUGCUCCAGGCUCAAGUUGACCUUUGGCACCAUGCCUUGGGAUUUGUGAAGUCCAUGGCACUCAAAUGUGCAAUGGAACUGCAAAUUCCUAACACCAUCCAAGGCCAUGGUGGGUCUAUGACCCCUUUAGAGUUGGCCACAAAGAUUGGGCUCCAUCCGUGUAAGCUUCCCCGCUUACGACGACUAAUGCGUGUCCUCACCGUAUUAGGCAUUUUUGUUAUCCAUGAAGCAGCCUCAGAAGACAAGGAGGUUGUUUAUGGGCUUACCCCAACCACACGCCUCCUUGUUAGUGAUGAAGUUAAAUCAAACUUAUUCCCCAUUCUGUCUUUGAUGCUUGAUUCAACUAUCAUUUUCCCUUUCCUUGGCAUGCACUCGUGGUUCCUUGAUGAAUGCUCUACAUCCCUGUUCAAAAAGGCUCAUGGCAUUACCUUUUGGGAGAUGGCUGGCCAGCAUGAAACUUACAACCAGUUAAUCAAUAACGCAAUGGUUUCUGAUAGUAAUUUUCUCAUGGAUAUCAUCUUGAGGGAGUGUGGUGAUGUAUUUCUUGGCAUAAACUCACUUAUUGACGUCGCUGGAGGCCAUGGUGGAGCUGCCAGGGCAAUUGCGAAGGCGUUCCCGCACAUGAAAUGCACUGUGUCGGAUCUCCCUCAUGUGGUUGCUGAAGCUCCUACUGAUGGCAAUGUGUCGUUUAUUUCUGGCGACAUGUUUAAGUACAUUCCACCAGCGAAUGCUCUUUUCCUAAAGUGGAUUUUUCAUGAUUGGGGUGAUGAAGACUCUGUCAAGAUAUUGAAAAAGUGCAAGGAAGCUAUUCCUCCCAGAGAUGCUGGUGGGAAGGUGAUAAUCGUAGAUAUGGUGGUUGGAUCUGGGCCAAAUGAGAUUGUGACAAGAGAGACACAGGUUUUAUAUGAUCUCUUUAUCAUGUGCAUUGAGGGGAUCGAGCGAGAGGAAUCCAAGUGGAAAAAGAUAUUCAUGGAAGCUGGGUUCAGCGACUACAAGAUCAUGUCAGUUCUGGGUGUUAGAUCCGUUAUUGAGCUCUACCCUUGAACAAAAUGGAAAAUUAAGUGUGAAUUGGUAUUGUAUGUUCACAAACUAGCAUGAACAGCCGAUGUGCUUUCUUGUUGCAAGUCUGUGGCUUAGUGUGAUUAAUAGAUGUACUACCAUAUUGUUUUUUUUUUUUUUUUUUUUUUUGAGGUGCGAGUCAUUGUGAUCAGUAAGUUAGCUCUCUUAUUGCAACAAAGAUAUAUCGGGCAGUUUAUAUAGAAUCUGUUCUUGCAGUGUA